GUUGCCGCACCAUCUCAGCAAUAAAUAAUAGAAAGGGGCAAAAUGCGGCUUACGAGGCAACCACCUUAACCGGCGUCAUCCACAAACGACGUCGUUCCCACUUGCUCUCGCCGAAUCUCUCUCGCAUCCGCAACCACCGAUGGAUCAGCCGCCCACCGGAGCUUCCAUGGAUAUGCCGAUCAUGCACGAUAGCGACCGCUACGAUUUCGUCCGCGAUAUCGGCUCUGGAAAUUUCGGCGUCGCUAGGCUUAUGAGGGAUAAGCAAACGCAAGAGCUGGUUGCUGUCAAGUAUAUAGAACGCGGAGAUAAGAUUGAUGCAAAUGUUAAAAGAGAAAUCAUUAAUCACAGGUCUCUAAGACAUCCUAACAUUAUCAGGUUUAAGGAGGUCAUAUUAACACCUACUCAUCUGGCCAUUGUAAUGGAAUAUGCAUCUGGAGGAGAACUAUUUGCGCGAAUCUGCAAUGCAGGGCGAUUUAAUGAGGAUGAGGCUCGUUUCUUCUUUCAACAACUCAUAUCUGGGGUCAACUAUUGUCAUGCAAUGGAAGUGUGUCACCGGGACUUGAAGUUGGAAAACACUUUGUUAGAUGGAACGCCUGCAGUCCAUCUGAAGAUAUGUGAUUUUGGUUACUCCAAGUCUUCAGUGCUUCAUUCACAACCUAACUCAACUGUGGGAACUCCAGCAUAUAUUGCUCCAGAAGUAUUGCUGAAGCAAGAGUAUGAUGGCAAGAUUGCAGAUGUCUGGUCAUGUGGAGUAACCUUAUAUGUGAUGCUAGUGGGCUCAUAUCCUUUUGAAGAUCCUAAUGAUCCAAGGGAUUUCCGGAAGACAAUUCAGAGGGUUUUCAGUGUCCAGUAUUCCAUUCCCGACUUUGUUCAGAUAUCUCCCGAGUGUCGCCACCUUAUCUCAAGGAUCUUUGUUUUUGACCCAGCAGAGAGAAUCACUAUUCCUGAAAUAUUGAGAAACAAAUGGUUUCUGAAGAAUCUUCCUCCGCACUUGAUGGAUGAAAAGAUCAUGGGAAACCAAUUUGAAGAGUCAGAUCAACCAAUACAGAGCAAUGAUACGAUCAUGCAGAUAAUUUCAGAAGCUACCUUACCAGCCCCGGGAGCCUAUUCUUUAGAUCAGUUUAUGGCUGAUAACAUGAUAGAUGAUGACAUGGAUGAAUUAGACUCUGACUUUGAACUUGAUGUAGAUAGCAGUGGGGAGAUAGUGUAUGCCAUAUAAUUUAAUCACCGUCUGCAUUUUAGAGACAGCAUAUUGAAACUUGAAAGGACAGCAUCUUAAUAUUCAACAUUAUGGCCUCCUCAGCAUCAAAGAAAGAGAAAUGUGUGGAGACUAUAUUUUCUGUAAAUUGGAUGAUACACAAAGUUCAUCAUGUAUUGAUGUUGUAUGUUUCUUGAAACUGCCUAGGGGAGGAAAACGCGUCUCAAGGGUUGGGGGCUGAGAAUUGGUAAUGACCCUUCCCUCAUUUCCUGUUGAAUACUUGGUUUAUAUCAUAUAUAUACAUUAGCCUUUUGUUGUCUUAUGUCAGUUAAAUUGGUGUCGGGAUUCUUGUUUGAAUAUACCUGCCUAUGUACUCUAGGAGUUCUUGUGUUUAUCCUGUGAUCUAGCACAUCUCGUCCCUGUUCACCAUUUCAGUUUUUUGCUUAUUUCCGUUGGAGCAUUGUUGUACCUCUUGUCCUCAUAUGCUGCAAUGCAACAAUGCAAUUAACGAAGCUGUGAAUACAACUAGAAAGGAUGUGACAAAUACAAUUCCCAGACGAGUCUACAAUAUUGUACUAGAAUGGGGUGGACGGCCUUAGAAUUUUGUUUUCUGAAGCAGUACUUCUGUUAUUCGUCUCGUUGUAUUUGGCGUAUAUAUUUCGAUUCCUUUUA